GGCAAGAAAGAGACACAAGGUAUUUAAAUGGCUAUGAUUGGAGCGUCAGUUUAGCUAAAAUUACGAUAGAGACAAGUAUCUAUACUAAUCACACUCGUAGCAAGUUUCAGAACACUUCGAAGAUCAGUGAAUAAAAUACUACAUGCAUGUUUGUGCUACGAACUAGUGCAGUACUCUUUCAUUCUUAUUAAAACAUGCAGUAUUACAUAUAUAUUAAUUCGUUAUAUUGACAAAAUCUAAAAAAAGCGUGUACAGUCAUUGAAUACCAACGCAAUUGUUGUGUAUUUUUAAAAUAAUAUUAAUUGUAAAUAGAGCAGAUAAUAAAUUCAACAGAAACAAUGUCUGCUUGUACAAGAACUCAAAAUUCGGAGCAACAUACAAAUGGGGAAGGAAAUUUGGCUUCACCAAGAAAAAAACAACGAACAUCAACAUUUGGUCAAUUCGCAAAAGUUACAGUUGUCCUUGGUGCUCAAUGGGGCGACGAGGGUAAAGGAAAAGUCGUCGAUAUGCUUGCUGCUGAUGCUGAUAUUGUUUGCCGGUGUCAGGGUGGAAAUAAUGCAGGUCACACAGUAGUAGUAGAUGGUACUCAAUUCUUCUUUCAUCUUCUACCUAGUGGAAUUAUCAAUCCCAGAUGCAAAUCCAUUUUAGGCAAUGGCGUCGUUAUACAUUUACCUGGAUUAUUUGAAGAGUUGGAGCAGAAUGAGGCUAAAGGUUUAAAGGAUUGGGAAGAUCGACUUAUUAUAUCUGAUAGAGCCCAUUUGGUUUUCGAUUUCCAUCAAAAAGUUGAUGGAAUGCAGGAGCUUGAAAAAGGAACUCAGUCGUUGGGAACAACCAAAAAAGGAAUUGGUCCAACUUACUCUAGUAAAGCUACUCGUAAUGGUUUACGUAUUGGUGAACUUCUUGGAGAUUUCGACAAAUUUUCGGAGAAAUUUAAUGCUCUUGUAUCUUGUUAUCAAAGAAUGUUUCCAUCAUUGCACGUUGAUGUUAAAGCUGAAUUAGAGCGCUAUAAAGGGUAUGCGGAAAGAAUUCGACCAUUAGUAAAGGAAACAGUAUACUAUUUAAAUUCUGCAUUGAAAGCUGGUCAAAAAGUCUUGGUAGAAGGAGCAAAUGCUGCAAUGUUGGACAUAGACUUUGGAACGUAUCCAUAUGUAACAAGCUCGAAUUGUAGUAUCGGCGGUGUUUGCACUGGCCUUGGACUACCACCGUCCACAAUUGGUGAAGUUAUUGGUGUUGUAAAAGCUUACACAACGAGAGUUGGUGAUGGACCUUUUCCAACAGAGUUAAGAGACUCAACCGGUGAAUUACUUCAAUCACGUGGCCAUGAAGUUGGCGUUACCACGAAUCGUAAAAGACGGUGUGGGUGGCUUGAUUUGGCACUUUUGAAAUUCACUGGCAUGGUCAAUGGAUAUACUUCAAUUUGCUUAACGAAAUUGGAUAUUCUCGAUACGUUACCUGAAAUAAAGAUAUGUAUUGGAUAUCGCAUCAAUGGAAAUAACAUUGAUUAUUUCCCGAGUACUGUGUCCGAACUUUCUCGUGUAGAACCAAUUUAUGAAACAUUUGAAGGAUGGAAUGUACCUACGGAAGGAGUACGUUCAUUGGAUAAAUUACCUCUUAAUGCUCGAAGAUACGUUAAAACUAUAGAAGACCAUUUAGGUAUUCCAGUUAAAUGGAUUGGUGUUGGAGCAGGUCGAGAAAGCAUUAUUACACUUUGACCAUCCAAUAUUCUUAAUCAAUUUGUUCAAUUUAUUAUGUUUAGCGUAUUAAAUUAAUUAAUAAUGAAAUCUGUAUUAAUGGUAAUUUUGAUUAAUGAAAUUGAUAAACGCACAAGUUACUCUAAGUAGCUUUAAGAGUAUGCGGUACAAUUGUUAUGGUUAAUAAAUCAAUUGAAUGUAA